AUGCAAGGCUGCCUAAUGGCAUCGUCUUUGGUCCCGAUGCUUAUUGGUUUUACUGGUGUUGUAGGAGUAUUGACAAAGUUUAUAGGGCCACUUACGGUAUCGCCAUUGAUGUUGCUGUUAGCAUUCUCUCAAGUCGAUACUAUGGUAACGAAGAUUAGUAUGCAUUGGGUGGCUAUCAUUCAAGCCGUCACCCUUUUCAUUACUAUUCUCUAUCUGGCUGAUGUUCUCGUGCCCCUACCUGGUAUAAAAUAUGGCAAACUGCAUUGGUAUAGAACCAACUUAUUUGGACAAUAUCCAGUAAGUUCCUGGAACACUACUUGGAUUACUGCACAUGCAAAACGAUACAAUUCGUACUUACAGUACCUUAUUGCCAUAGCAAUAUCCUGGGCGUUCUGCUUGAUACUUACCGUAUGCAACCUCGUAGAACCAGGUGGUCCAGCUCGUGUCGACAUUCCACACAAAGUAGAAGCGAUUAGGAAUGCGGCAUGGAUAGCGGUACCUUACCCAGGAAAAUUUGGUGCUCCCACAUUCAAUGUCAGUUUAUUCAUCGCUUUCUUGCUAUCGGCAAUGACGUCCGUUUUCGAAUCUGUUGGAGACUACCAUGCAGCCGCCAGAAUGUCCCUAGAAAGAGCACCACCAAGUCAUGCCAUCAACAGAGGCAUCCUUGCUGAGGGUAUGGGAUCUUUUAUAUCUGGUCUUCUUGGACCAGCUGUCGGUAUGACCACACAUACAGAGAACAUUGGUGUGAUAGGAGUAACUAGGGUGGCAUCCCGUUGGACUAUGGUCGUUGCGGGAGUACUGCUGAUUGUUUUAGGAGUUUGCACGAAAAUUGGUGCUAUAUUAUCUACAGUUCCUGAUCCUCUGGUUGGUGGAAUCUUAGCGUCGUCAAUGGCUAUGGUAGUAGGAGUAGCUGUGUCGAAUUUGCAAACGGUAGACAUGACAAUGUCACGAAAUAUGGGAAUCCUUGGUUUUUCUAUGCUAUUUGGAAUGAUUGUUCCUGAAUAUUUCCGACGUUUUCCGAUUCAUACAGGUUUUCUAAUGCUCGACCAAGUUUUGAAUAUUUUACUACAAUUACAAAUGUUUAUUGGAGCUAUGUGCGCGUGCGUUUUGGAUAAUACUGUUGGAGGUUAG